CGCACGCACACACACACACAUACACACACACACACGUAGUGAGUCCUGUAGUGGAAACUGGAAAGUAGAGAGGGAGGCUCUGAGACACUGACAGAAUGAACGCGGCCACAUUCCAGCUGUGUUUCUGACUGUGGGCGAAGCGUGGAGGAAAAAAAUCACAGGACGGAGAUUUCCAACUGCUUCACAGGAACAGGAGCGGGCCGGUUUGUGCUGCUACGAUCGCCUUAGCUUCGCUUAAAGGGAGAUUUAUAUGCCACAGCACGACAGAAGCGUCUUCCAAACACGCGUGCCGGAGUCCGUUUGAACACAGCCGAGACCUGAGAGAAGUCAAACAUGAGUGGAGAAAAUAUCACCUUCUUCAACACCAUCAUCUACGGGCACCCACUUUGCAAUGGAUGGCCCAACCACAUAGAGGGCGCGAUCUACCAUCUGGGCAAUACAAUCCUGUGCUUGGGGUACAUGGGCGGCAGUGGGGCCUACGGGGCUCUGUAUAUCUUCAGUUUCCUGGCUCCUGCCUUCCUCUGCCUGGCCCUGUGGGGCUGGCUGUCAGUGUGUGGCCUGGAUGUCUUCAUCUGGAACUUGGUCCUGAUGGCGGAGUCUUUGGCCCAGGUGGGCCACUUGCUGUUCCAGCUGCUGCACAACGGCAUGGCCAACGAGGAACUGUCCGCUCUGUACUCGGCCGUCUACCUGCCACAGGGCGUGCCCAUCCCAGUGUUCAAAGAGAUCAUGGGUGCCUGUGAAAACAAGGUACUCUCUCUGAAGGAGGAAGAGACCUACGCUGUAGAGGGAAAAACCCCCAUAGACCACCUCUCCUUUCUGCUCUCGGGGAGGAUUCGAGUGUCUUUAGAAGGUCAGUUCCUCCAUUACAUUUUUCCUCAUCAGUUCCUCGAUUCUCCAGAAUGGGAAUCCCUCCAACCAACCGAGGAGGGGAAUUUCCAGGUAAGCCUGACCGCCGAGAUGGACUGCCGUUACGUCUCCUGGAGCCGGCGCCGCCUGUACCUCCUGCUUUCCAAGGACAGAUACAUCGCUCAUCUCUUCUCGGUCAUGCUUGGCAGCGACAUUGCAGACAAACUCUACUCGCUCAACGACAAGCUGUUUGCCAAGAGCGGCGUCCGCCUCGAUAUCCGCCUGCCCAGUCUGUACCAUGUUCUCGGUCCCUCUCUGCCGAGCAGCAGCAGGGACAGCGGCAGCUCGCCACCCAGAGCGAGCAAGGGGGAUGCCACGCUUGCGAUGCCGGCCCUGGCGGAUGCCUGCCCAUACGCAGAUGCCCCCGAUGCCCAGCAAGGCCAAGAGAAGGAGGCGCUGCCCGAACCCCAGCCAUCUCAGCAGCGGGUCUGGCCCUCGGACACUGAGAAUCCCUUGGAGGCUGGCACCCCCAGUAAGCUUGCUGCGCGGCUCCACAGAGGACUGGCCCCGUUGGCCCCCACAGACACCCCAAGGCUCUAAAAAUAGCACGAUCCACAAACCCAGAAUGCCACAGCAUAAGGCUGACCCAGGGCCUCAGCGAAGCCCCUUGUAGCCCCUACCGUCCUCGGCUGCUGUGGGGACACGUGUGGGGAGGGAGGAUGUACAGCACAGAGGGGCUUUGCGAAAUGGUUUUGACUAUUUCAGGAUACCAGAGCAGCAUACGUAAUUCCCUCCACUGACCUCACUUGGUGAACACAAACAAGUAUUUCAAGGCCGUGUGUUACAUACGAUUCCAUAUUUCUAUCACUACAGUAUAAGAUAACUUUUGUUUGUUAAAUUUUUAAUGACAUUGUGCCCUUGAAAAGUAAGAGGCAUAACUUCACACUUUCACUAAAAACUGGAUCUCAGUGCACGUCAGACACACACAUGAGCUAAAUCCCACCGAGGCUUUUGAUCUUUAUGCAAUAUCACAUCAUCAUUGUUUGCUUGUUUAUUUAUUUAUUUUUACAACACAUGAUAAAUGAUAAGUAGACAGGGGGCACUAAAACAACACACACUGAUUAACACAGUCUUUGCAUAUCAAUCAUGAAAUCAUGUAUUUUCAUGGGGGCCAAUU